ACAAAAGCAUGAAAGAGAAACGGAAAAAUCCAUACCCUCCAACAGCCCUUCGAAAUUAAACCCCAAAGGCCGAAACCCCAGAGAGAAAACGCAGAACAUCAAAGAUGAAAAUGGGUAAGAAGAAAACCCAGCAACCAUCAGCCUCAACCGACGAUCUUGUCAAAACUCUUGGAGACUUCACGAGCAAAGAAAACUGGGACAGCUUCUUUACUAUCCGAGGCAGCGAUGACUCGUUCGAGUGGUACGCUGAGUGGCCUCAGCUCCGUGACUCACUCUUCCCUCUUCUUCAACAACAGCAGCAGCAGCAGCCUUCACCCUCUUCUUCUUCUUCUUCUUCUUCUUUGCAAAUACUGGUGCCUGGUUGCGGCAACUCUCGCCUCUCAGAGCACUUAUACGAUGCCGGAUUCGAAGAUGUAACCAAUGUUGAUUUCUCAAAGGUUGUCAUCUCCGACAUGCUUCGACGUAAUGUUAGGGAACGGCCCAACAUGCGUUGGCGGGUUAUGGACAUGACCCAAAUGCAGUUCACCGAUGAUACAUUUGAUGUUGUUCUCGACAAAGGUGGACUGGAUGCUUUGAUGGAGCCGGAGCUUGGCCGUAAGCUGGGGAAUCAAUAUCUAUCAGAGGUGAAAAGAGUUUUGAAAUCCGGGGGUAAAUUCAUUUGUCUUACCUUGGCAGAAUCUCAUGUUCUAGGUUUGCUUUUUUCUAAGUUCAGGUUUGGCUGGAAACUGAGCCUUUACGCUAUACCUCAGAAACCAUCUAGUAAUCCUGACCUCCAAACCUUUAUGUUGGUUGCUGAGAAAGAGAAUUGCAAUGAACUGCACCAGAUCAUGUCAUCUUUCAGUCGUUCUUCCCUUGGUUGUCAUCAACAUCAGGCUUCUGGUCUUUGUGAAGCCCUUGAAAAUGAGAAUCGAAUUCGUGGAGAAUACUUGAGUGGCUCUGAUAUACUGUAUUCUCUUGAAGAUCUGCAACUCGGAGCUAAGGGGGAUCUGACUAAAGUUAGCCCUGGUUGUCGAGUUCAGCUUACUUUGGGUGAACAAGGGGGCUCCCGUUUUUGUUACAAAGCUGUAUUGCUUGAUGCUAAACAACCGUCUGGUCCAUUCUCUUUUCACUGUGGUGUCUUUAUUGUUCCUAAGACUCGGGCUCAUGAAUGGCUCUUCUCUUCUGAAGAAGGACAAUGGCAGGUGGUUGAAAGCUCAAAGGCUGCUCGUCUAAUAAUGGUUUUAUUAGAGACUAUCCAUGCUAAUGCUGAUAUGGAUGAUAUUCAGAAGGAUUUGUCUCCUCUGGUGAAGCCAUUGGCACCUGCAGAUAAUGAUAAGGGAGAUCAAAUUCCGUUUAUGACAGCAAGUGAUGGAAUCAAGCAGCGAAACAUUGUUUACCAGGGCUCAUCUUCUUUGACCGGGCCUAUCAUUAUUGAAGAUGUUGUUUACGAAAAUGCUGAUGGUGAUGUCGCUCGCUCUUUACCCUUCCGUCGACUUAUUUUCCAAAGAACUGAGGGCCUGGUACAGUCUGAAGCUUUGCUAACUGGGGAUGGAUCUUUUGACAAAAGUGUCAGUAAAUCAGAGCUGAAGAAAGCAAGCUCAUCUUCCAAAUCCAAACGAAGAGGAACCCAGGGAAAAAAUAAUGAAUUGAGCAGCAAGAUGAAGGUCUAUCAUGGUUUUCUGGCUAGCUCUUAUCAUGCGGGGAUUAUUUCUGGGCUUUCGCUGAUUUCAUCUUACUUGGAAAGUGUUGCAUCAGCUGGAAAUAGAGUUAAAGCAGUCGUGAUAGGUCUUGGUGCAGGUUUACUUCCUAUGUUUCUUAAUGGGUGCAUGCAAUUUAUGCAAAUUGAGGUGGUGGAGCUAGAUCCUACUAUGCUUAACCUUGCAAGAGACUACUUUGGUUUUACUCAAGAUAAACAUUUGAAGGUACAUAUUGCCGACGGGAUUGAGUUUGUCCGGGACUAUAGAAAGUUAUCUGCAGCUGGGGAAAUGCCUGUUCAUGAAAAUGAGGAUGCUUUGAGUAGUGAAAUGCUCCUUUCUUCCAAUGGGAGAUGCAAUUCUUCAGAUGAAGAAACCAGAAGAAGUACCACUAUUGACAUACUUAUUGUUGAUGUCGACUCUUCAGACUCAAGCUCUGGAAUGACCUGUCCUGCUGCUGAUUUUGUGGAAGAGUCUUUUCUUCGAACUGUAAAAGAUGCCCUUUCAGAGCAAGGUCUCUUUGUUAUCAAUUUGGUCUCAAGGUCUUCUGCCAUUAAAGACAUGGUUGUUUCAAGGAUGAAAGAGUUGACAGAUCAUCCAGGUAUUCUUCUUGUAUUUGGGCUGUUGAUGUGUUGCUUCCAUCUGUGCGGUGCUCACGCACGUUGCUUCCUUGCGCAUGGCCCACAUCUAUUGCGUGGUCCUCUUGUGCGCAACUUUCUCGUGCGAGACUUUAUGGUGCACGUGGCUUGUACACAUGCAGCCUUUUGGUGUGUGGUCGUGAUGUGCACGACCUCCUUGUGUGCACAGCACAUGCUCAAGUUUCAUAUGGUCUUCAGCCACUUAUUUUGCCUUCAACUUGAGGGAGAGGUCAACCUAGUAAUUUUUGGUCUGUGUUCAGAGUCUUACAUCAAGGAGGAUUGCAUUCCUGAAGCCACCCUUAGACUUGAGAAAUUGCUCAAGCCCAAUCAUCCCGAGAUAAGCCAGAGCAUCAACGAUGCAGUGAAGAAGCUCAGAUGCUUAAAGUGAGACAGCUGAUAACAAUUUUCCCCUUCAAUAUGUUCUUAAGUUACCUGAGAGCAAGCUUCCUCAAAUUUAUUGGCGUUUUUGACAUUGAAACUGGGCGAUUCAAGAGUGCACUGCAUGAUGAGAGAAGUCCCAAGUAGAUUUUGAAUGUUUUUCUUUAGACAGUACGGGGAAAAAUGUAGAAGUAUACAUAUCCAGUUAGGCUGUUCUACUUAUUACCAUUUCCAUCAUGCAGGGUAUUAUUGCAUGCAUGAAGGUGCUAUUAUCAGAUGCUUGAAUUUGAAAUAUACCCUCUUCAAUGUUUAAUCAGUAUUAACUUUUUAAUCAUA